AUGUCUGUUCCAACCGCUGCCGUUGCUUCUGCUACGACAGACAUGUCUGUCAAGAAGAUCGCUGCCCACUUGAAAAGCCAUCCCGGCGCUGAAGUGAUCUUUAUGGUUGGUGCAGGAAUAUCCACGUCUUGUGGGAUUCCCGACUUUCGAUCUCCGGGUACUGGGCUGUACCACAACCUGGCAAGGUUGCGCUUGCCGUACCCCGAGGCUGUGUUUGAUGUCGACUUUUUCCAGUCGAAUCCCUUGCCCUUUUACACGCUUGCUAAAGAACUGUAUCCGGGGAACUUCGAGCCUUCUAAGUUUCACCAUUUUUUGAAAUUGUUUCAAGAUCGAAACCUCUUGAGAAGGAUAUAUACUCAGAAUAUAGACACUUUAGAAAGACAGGCCGGUAUUAGGGAUGAUCUGGUAAUCGAGGCCCACGGCAGCUUUGCUCACUGUCAUUGUAUUGAGUGUGGCAAGAUAUUCCCUCAACAUGUUUUCAAGUCUAAGCUGAGCGAAGACCCUAUCAAGGAUUUUGUCAAGUGCGAUGCGUGCGACGAACUGAUAAAACCGGCAAUUGUCUUCUUUGGCGAGGACCUGCCGGACUCCUUUUCGGAGACCUGGUCUAAGGAUUCCAAAUGGCUUCGUGAAAAAACCAGGACAUCAAACAAAUCCAAUCAAGACCAGGAACCUCUUGUCAUCGUAGUUGGCACUUCGCUAGCCGUGUACCCUUUCGCCUCUCUGCCCGAAGAAAUUCCCCGGAAAGUAAAGCGAGUUUUAUGUAAUUUGGAAACGGUGGGGGAUUUUAAGACUAACAAGCGGCCUACGGAUUUGGUAGUGAAUCUUUAUUCUGACGCGUUUGCAGAGCAACUCGUUGAAGAAUUAGGCUGGCAAGAUGAUUUCAAUAAGAUACUCCGGGCUCAAACUGUAAUCACAGAUAAUCCUGAAGAACAAUUGCUUGAUAUUGUGCAGGAUUUGGAAGAUUUAAGUCUGACCAAGACUGAAGACGAACAUUCAAGGGACAAAGAUACGCAACCGCAAACUAAGGUUCACAACCAGGAAGAAGAUGCAGAGGAAGAAGAUAAGUCCUCCACGAAAAAUAGUAGUGAUAACAAAUAG